AGCUUCGAGAGCCUCACCUCACUGUCAUUUUCAGUUACUGGCUUUUUGAUGGCCUUUUUGGUGGGUUGAAUUUAACCCAAAAACAAAUGUUGGGAUUGCCGAAAAUGUCUUCCAAGUAGUCCAAUUGCUGAAAAGUCAAAAGUUUAAAAAUAAUUGAAGGAGAAAGUUUUUGAUUCCUGGAAGAAAACUGAAAUGCAUAACUGGAAUAACUAGGAGGCAGCUCUGAGUGUCUGUGAGGUCAGAGGUCAGAGAAAUGGGAUAUUUCAGGAGUAAGUGGAUUAGCUGGUAAAUCUGGAGCGGGUCUGAAAUAGCUGCUUUAUUCACUCUUUGGCUUGAUGUGAGCACAGAACAGCAGAAUUAACUCAGACGCUUGCUGUUUGAAAAUGAGCAGGACGUACAGCCGAUCUGGAAGGAUCCGUAAGAAGAUUGUGCAUCUUAAAGGAAGGCAAAAUAAAUGAUAUAGUGUCAUUUGCUUUUGAUUCUUACUACGAGAGAGUGUAUGAUUGAGGGGGCAGGUUAUCACUUCAGCUGUGGAUUCAAUGGAUCGAAGAGAAAGUAACGUUGAUUUUCUCUAGCAGUUUUUGGAUAUUGCCAUGGAGGAGGGAGUAUUAUGGACUUUGUGACGGGUUCCAGGGUUCCCAGAGCCAAAUACACAAUGGUUCGAGAGGCGCUGUGUUACCUGAUCCCCUAUCAAAUGCAGUGCUCCAUGGGAUGUGGUGGACUGGCCUGCAAGUACGAGGACCCUUCACACUGGAGUGAAGACGAUCAGGCGAUCAGAGGAAUCUACUCGUCUUGGAUCACCGACAAUCUGCUGGCCAUGGCCCGCCCUUCCACCGAAAUCAUUGAAAAAUUUGACAUAAUAGACCAGUUUUUGAGAUGUGGUUUGAAGACAGUUAUUAACCUCCAGUGCCCUGGCGAACAUGCCAGCUGUGGAAACCCACUGGAUCCCGAGAGCGGCUUCACUUACCGACCGGAGACAUUCAUGGAGGCUGGCAUAUAUUUCUACAACUUUAGAUGGAAUGACUAUGGUGUGGCGUCUCUCACAUCCAUCUUGGAUAUGGUGAAAGUCAUGUGUUUUGCCAUCCAAGAAGGCAAGAUGGCUGUUCACUGUCAUGCAGGGCUUGGCAGAACAGGUGUGUUGCUGGCCUGUUUCUUGUUGUUCACCACACAGAUGACAGCAGACCAAGCCAUUCUGUUAGUUCGAAGCAAACGACCAAACUCGAUCCAGACUAGAGGACAGCUCCAGUGCGUCAGGCAGUUUGCUCAGUUCCUGGUUCCGCUAAGGAACGUGUUUGCUAACGCCGAGCCUAGAGCGCCGCCCGUUUCUCUUUCACAAUACUUGAUCCGCCAGAAACAUAUACUGCACGGAUACGAGGCUCGGAAGUUGAGAUACAUGCCAAAGCUCGUCACUCUCAUCUGCAGACUCCUACUGGACAUCGCAGAGAAUCGGCAGGUUAUCGAGGAGGAUGUUGUCGAGGUUCCUGACGUCACAUCUGUGGUAGAGAAAACAUUUAAUGAGAGUUCAGUGUAUCAGUUAAACAGAGAGAUUUUGGGAAAUGGGAUGACUAUGAUCAGGCCACGUCUUCCAGGUCUACCCAGAGGCAACACACAACCUCUUUACUAUGUCCGUAAGAGCCUCAGCUACAGCGAGUCUGACCUCCAGAGGUUAGCAGCAUCUUUAAACCUCUCGGACAACCCUCUCGGGGUUUUAGCCAGCAUCCACUCAACUACCAUCAACGGUCAGCUGGCAGCUUUCAGCUGUGUUUCCCAGAACUACAUCACUCCUUCUCUGGGGGCUUGCAAGGACAAUCCCAUCUACAGCUCAACCAGCAAUAUAUGGGAGCUGAAAACUCUUAUGGACCAGACAGAAGGAUCUCCACUGCUCAAAACCAGGAGGCAGUCGGUCCUGCAGCGAAGCCAAUCUCUAGGCGUUUCAGACGAGAAAAGCACCACGAGCAUCGCCAGAAUAUUGUCCUACUGGAGGAGAGACUGCAAGCAAAGUACUGACCCUGACGAGGCUCAACACAAUGAAAAAGAGCAUUCGGAGGUGCCCUUCAUCACUAUCCAAUCCGAGUUAUCUCUGGAGUCGCGUCACCUCCUGGUGGCUCAGUCCCUUGCGGUAGACCUUGAGAAGGAUGGAGAGAAGGAGCAAAUUCAGAAGGUGUCUACUUGGCAGAUCUUAAUCGUCAAGGUGCGUGGGAGCGACUGUGUUUGGAAAAAGACCCAUUUAUUCUCUCUGGAAUCAUGUGGUCCUGGCUGGAGCAGCUCAAAGAGCCAAUCAUCUCUGCUCAUGAUGUUCACACACUAACAGACCAGUCAGGACCCCCAAACUGUGCUCAAUUGCCUAGAUAGGCAUAAAGAUCUGAAGGCUGAAGCCCCGUUCACACUACAAGCGACACGCAACAGCAAAGCGACACAAUCCCAUUCAUUUCAAUGGAGAGCUGGCGAUUUCCGGCGACAUGAGCGACAG